AUGUCGUUUCGUGUCGUGAAUGCAAGGGAGGAGGGGGGGUCCGUUGCUGCGUACACGUACGCCAGUGGCGGGGACAUGAGCAGCGCGAGUGCCGCGCGCGAGGCGCGGAUCGCCGACGAGAUAAUCGACCAAGGUCAAGAUACAGACGCGCUCGUGGCCAUGCCUGGCCAAGCCGUCGCGAACAGUGCACUCUACAUGCGUGGCCACGGUUGCUACCUCGACGCCAGCCGCGACGAGAUUGUGUCUUUACUGAUCGGCUCGGUCGACCGCGUGAACAAGCUCAUUUCAGUGCGGCCCGUGCGGACGCGGUACCGCCCCGAAGUGGGCGAUUUGGUCAUUGGUCGCAUCACCGAGGUGCAGUCCAAGCGCUGGAAGGUGGAUAUCGGGUCCAAGACAGACGCGAGUUUGCAGCUCUCCUCGAUCAACUUGCCCGGCGGUGUCCAGCGCAAGAAACUCGAGUCGGACGAGCUGCAGAUGCGGCUCUUCUUCCAGGAAGGCGACCUGCUUGUCGCCGAAGUGCAGGGCGUCUUCCAGGAUGGGAGCGUCGGUCUGCAUACGCGAUCUUUGCGCUACGGGAAGCUGCGUAACGGGACGCUCGCUGUUGUGCCGCCAGUCCUGGUACGGCGGCACAAGAGUCAUUUUAUCACCUUGGCUCAGAUGCCGGGGAACGGCGUAGAUGUGGUGCUGGGGCUGAAUGGCCUGAUCUGGGUCGCGAAACAUAUACCAUUCGACGUGUCCAAGGCCGAGGGCGAGGCGGAAGUGUCGACCGAGGGCGCAGGCCGCGCAGGCCGUGGGACUGCGAUGGAUGUCGACGGCGUGUACAGCGACGUGAACAUGGACAUUGCCCCGGCGACGCGCACUUCGAUUUCCAUUGUGACGUUUGUGCUCGCCGUCAUGGCGCAGUAUGGCCUGCCUGUGGCAGAGGAUGCGAUUGAGUGUGGAUGUAACGUGGUGCUGAGGGCAUGCGAUGGGCGCGUCCCCAAUGCAGCGGCGCCCGAAAGCAUGGCGCUCGCUCGAAAAGUCGCGCUUGCGCUGCACGGUCCAUAG